AUGUAGCCCAUUCCACGGACCAAUCCUCUCUCCUUCUCCAACUCCCAUGGCGGUAUUUUUGGCCCCUUCCCUUGCAUUAUCUGGUCCUUUGAUCUCGCCACGUGGAUAUGUGACCCCUACAUUCUGUGUGUCCCGUCUGACAUGGCAGUUUACAAUUGGGUUUGGCCUUCUUCUUUCCCCCAGUAUAUUUUCUCUGUCCAUACCCCAUGAACGAACGUGACUCUGUUCUUUCUACUCUUCCUCCCAAUAUCUUCAGUCGAAAUGCCGGCUCUGUUCUUCGCUUCGUUAAUUCUCUUAUCCCUUACUUCUGCUCCUGCAAUCUCUAGUAGUUCUUUUCAGGAAGAGCGUCCUCAACAGCUUCAACAAAUUCAACCCUUUUUGCUUCCGAAUCACUGCGAAGAACGAUGCGGUAGCAUUCAAAUUCCCUUCCCUUUUCACCUGAACACUUCCUCUGCUUCACUCUCCUCUACUUUCCAUCUCUCCUGCUUGAAUUCCUCCGCCCUUUACCUCCACAUUGGCAUCGAAAGCUACCGGGUUCUCGAGUUCUUCUCUGACGGUGUCCUUGUAGAUUUUCCGGGGACGUCCUCGGUUUGUCGGCAGUAUAAUGAUUUAAAGGGAUUUAGGUUUGAGGGAAACGACUACUUCGGUGUCUCUGCAGAUAACGUGAUCGGGUUGUACGAUUGCGAGGAUUCUUCGCUGUGUAAAGCGGUCUGUGAGAGCAACCACUUGCCCGGUUGCAACGGCGAGGGCGGCGGCUCCUUAGGGUGCUGUUACCCGCUUUCCGAUCACAGUGUGUGGCAUUUGGGAGAUGGGUUUUCUGUUUUUUCAAAGUUCGGAUGCAGGGGAUUCUCGUCGUGGGUUGUUCCGAGGGGAUCCACUACGGGGAAACGUGGGGUUAAACUGGAAUGGGCGAUUCCCAGAAAUUCAUCUAAAGGGAUCUGUGCUAAAAAUGCUCACAUCAUUAAUUCCACGGCAGUGGAAGCAGGGGUGAGAUGCGUGUGUCAAGAAGGGUUCGUCGGCGAUGGAUUUUCCGAUGGAGUUGGAUGCUUGCAAUCUUGCAUCAAGAAUGGACAGGAGGCAUAUGGUGGAGAAUGCAACACCAAAAAUCACGGUCAGAGGAAGCUUGUGAUGGUAGCUGGUGUUCUUGCUCCAAUCUUAGUUGUGGCAUCCCUAUUUGCACUGUUUUGUCUAUUGAAACGACCAAUUAAAUCAGGUACAUUUCAUCCCGACCAAGCUCACUAUCAUAGUACUAUCUCGUUCCGAAAAGCUUGUAGAACUAGAUUGUUCAGUUACCAGGAGCUAGAGGAGGCCACCAGAGGAUUUGAAGACAAUCAGAAACUCGUACAAGGAGGUAAUGGAACCAUUCAUGCCGGUGUCCUGGCGAACGGUUCCCAUAUAGCCGUACACAAGGUUCAGUGCGAGAACGAGAGAGACCUCAUUACCGUCCUGUCUCGGAUUGAGCUUCUGUCAUCUGUUCUACAUCGGAAUUUAGCCAGACUUCUCGGUUGCUGUAUAGACUCUGGAUACACUCCAAUGCUGGUCUAUGAGUAUCCUGCCAAUGGCACCCUUGAGGAACAUCUGCUCAAACCCAAGGGGCAGAAAUUAGGACUUGAUUGGUACAAGAGGCUGUAUAUUGCGGCCGAAACAGCUAGUGUCCUGGCAUACUUGCAAUUUGAGAUUUCUCCACCAAUCAUUCACGGUGACAUCAAGUCAUGUUUUGUCUUUCUUGAUGAGGAUUUUUCCGUUAAAAUCGCAGGAUUUGCUUUACUUAACUACUCCAACAAGUAUGGCAAUUCACGAGUUCAUAAAAGUGAUGUGUAUGACUUUGGUGUGUUGUUGUUAGAGAUAAUUUCAGGCUCCAAACAACUUGACAAUCCAUCCGUGACGUUACAAAAGAUUAAAAAUGGGAAGCUAGAAGAAGUGGUGGAUCCAUUUUUGUACUAUCAUGAGCAACCAGUGUUCCAGAGAGAGCAGAUAGAGAUAGUUGCAGACAUUGCCACCAGGUGCUUGCUGUUUGGUGUGGAUGGAAAGAUGGGUAUGAUUGAUGUUGCAAGGGAGCUGGUGCACAUCAUAAAAGAGAGCAUUGAUGGAAGCAGUAAGAGAGGACCCGCUGCACUUCAAGAAACAUUUUCGAAUUCGAGUCUGCUUCAGAUGGUAUCCAUGUCUCCUGAAUCCAUAUAUGUUCUUAAUUAAGCAGAUGAUCAGUCCAUUUCAUCUGCUAAAAACGAAAAGUUGUAGUACCUCGUAUGCUGUGUUUGCUGGGUUCUCAUGUACUCUGUCCCUGUAAAAAUUUUGUGCAUCACUUAGAAUGUAAAUGCAUCUCUCUUUUCAACUGAGCAUCUCCUCCUCAGGGGUCUUUGCUGGUCAACAAGUUGGCCUUAAAACACUGAC